AUGUCAGAUAACGCAAUAAGCGCCCCUUCCAGGGAACUGGACGAGUUCGAGAAGCUCGUCUACGAGUAUACGGGACGAAUGGGCGUGGGGAGCGAGGGACACUGGGACGUCGAUGCCCGCAGCUGUAACCUCCGCUUCGAAUCCGCAACGCGCGGUCCUCCGGCUACAGUCUCAUUCCUUUUGACGAUCACUCCUGCGUUGAGCAAUUACAUGGGUAACCUCCAUGGAGGCUGCGCUGCUACUUUGAUCGAUGUUCUGUCGACUACUAUCUUGUUGGGCGUUUCCGAGCCGGGCAGGUUCGCUCUCGGAGGUGUUAGUCGCAACCUCAAGGUGACCUAUCUGCGCCCUGUACCUACGGGGAUGGAGGUGCGACUCGUUUGUGAGGUUGUACAUGUUGGCAAGCGGUUGGCAUUGCUUCGGGCUGAGAUUCAGAAGGCGGAGACUGGUGAUGUUUGUGUGGUUGGUGAACAUGAGAAGGCCAAUACCGACCCGGAGGUGACACAGAGGAUUUGA